UUAUCCACACGUUUUCUCAAACAAUAUUUCUUGCACAUUUCUCUACUGAAUCUUCUCUCUCUCUCAAAGAUCAUGUCUACGGCGGAAAAUUUGGGCGGCGGCGCAGCCUCUCACCAGUACUACUGCUACCAAUGCGAGCGCCACGUCACCAUCACUCCUCCAUCCUCCCCCACCGACGAACUCGCUUGCCCCAUUUGUCACGGCAGUUUUCUUGAAGAAUCCGACACCGCUCCUCCCUCGAACCCUACCCCCGAAUCCGAUCCCUUCCUCAACGCCGCCUUCCCCAAUUUCGGCGGCCUCCCCCUCAUCUUCUCCUCUUCCUCCGCCGCUCCCGCCUCCUUCACAGUCUCCUCUGCUGGCGGCGGUCUUGAUGAUCUCUCCUCUCUCUUUGGCUCACGAUCCCCCAACGAUUUCAAUCCCUUUGCUUUCCUCAAUAAUUACGUCAAUAACCUGCAGGCGAGGGGGGCGAAUAUUCAGCUUGUUUUCGAGUCCCCUGGAGGCGCUGGGAUUGGCGGCGGCGGCGCCAAUUUAGGCGAUUACUUUAUCGGCCCUGGUUUGGAGCAAUUGAUUCAGCAGCUUGCAGAGAAUGAUCCCAAUCGUUACGGGACGCCGCCUGCUUCGAAGAAUGCGGUCGAGGGUUUACCCGAUAUUCAUAUUACUGCGGAGAUGUUAGAGUCUGAUUCAUUUCAAUGUGCUGUGUGCAAAGAUACCUUUGAGUUGAAUGAGGAGGCGAAGCAGAUGCCUUGCAAGCAUAUUUACCAUAAAGACUGCAUUCUGCCUUGGCUUGAGUUGCAUAAUUCUUGCCCGGUUUGUCGCUACGAGUUGCCCACUGAUGAUCAAGAUUAUGAGAAUCGGAAGAAGGAUAACAGUAAUGGGAACAACGGUGGUAGUAGUUUGGGAUUAGGGGCAGCUGGUGGUGGAGCUCAAGAUGAUAGUAAUAACAGUCAACAGACUCCAAGGACUUUGGAAAGGAGGUUUCGGAUAUCCUUGCCAUCGCUUUUCAGAGGUUUUAGCACAUCAGCUGAGACGAGCGGUAGUGGGGGUAAUGAAGGAGGAAAUAACAGCAACAAUAACAAUACUACUGGAUCAUCUAAUAGGGGCUCAGGAGAAGGAGCUGAUCAGGCUAGAGAGGAGGACCUCGACUGAAGAAUGCAGCUAAGAUAUGAAGCAAGUUGAGCACAAACAAUCUUUGUAUACACAGAAAUGUACCGAUGACACAUUUUUACUGGUUCUCUCAUCAAUAAAUUAGACAUGGUUCUAAUUUCAAAUUCUUAGACAGUUCGAUAUGACAUAUGGUUGUGUGCGUUGAGUGAAUCUAUUUUAUCAUUUGGGUACAUUUAAAUUGAUAGACUUUCAACAGAAAUUUCUGUAAAAUAUAUUGUCUCCAGUGUGGCAGAUUUCAAGUAUACAUAAAUCCUUAUCUCUUAGUUGAAAA